AUGAAUCGCCUGAAAGCAGACCAGAAAACCAAGGUUGGUAAAAGGAAACAGGAUCCACCAGAGACGUUGAGUGAAGCAGAAUAUGAUGUUAAAAAAUGUAGAGCACAAAACAACGCUAAUCUAGUCGGUGUUAGCAACAUGACCUCUUCACAAACAGUGAUGCCCAUUACGCACUUGUCUUAUGCAAGCUCCAGUUCUCAGGGAUUAGCUCAAAGCUCAAUUCUUUCUAAGAACUGUCCUAAGAACUACGAAAAUAUCCUCCGCCAGUUCGUGCAGUGGACUCAAGCUACUGAACCAGUAUCGCUGAAUUUUCUGGCAAAAGCCAACUGGAACAUCGAAUACGCGAUGACUCUCUACUAUGACAAUCCAAAUUUGUUUUCGAGCUCAGCUCCCGCGACUGUGGAUCAGAGUAAAACUAUACAGCUGUUUACUCAAUAUGUAGACAAACGGGACGGACUGGGCGAGCGCAUUGGUCCACACGGAAUGCAACGACUUCUGAUUGAUCUUGGAUAUGAGCCCAUCGAUCGACGCGUUCUCAUCUUGGCUUGGGUUUUCAAAGCCGAAACGCAAUGCGAAUUUUCGCUUCAGGAGUUCACCAAUGGAAUGGCUAGUCUCCAGGUCGAUAGUAUACAAGGCCUGAAACAGAAAAUUGAUGCGCUCGAUGCUGGAAUGAAGGCGGAUCUUACAAAGACCCGUGAUCUCUGCAUUUUCACAUUCAAUUAUGGAAAGUCGGCUGCAAGCCGCAGUUUGGAUCUCGAGAUGGCUAUCUGCUACUGGGAUGUUAUUUUCGGUGCACGUAAGCCACUGAUGUCUCAAUGGAUCGAUUUCCUUUAUGGCCAAGAGAGAAUGGCGUACGCCCGUUUGGAAGAAGAGUUAGGCCCAACAAAUGCGAAGAAAGUGAAAUCUGUGUGGAUUACCCGCGAUACGUGGAAUCUCUUCUGGGAUUUCAUCGUUCUCGGCAAAGAGGAUCUUUCUGAUUACGACGAGGAAGGAGCAUGGCCAGUUCUCAUCGAUCAAUUCGUUGACCACUGCCGAGAGAACUUGAACUAUCCUAAGCCGUUGCGUGAGAACUCGAAUGCGAUGGAACAUCAGAGCUAUUAUUAA